UCGACUCGUCUGCCUGCCAUUCCAGGUCUGGACGCGAGUCGAAGCGGGAGUGUUUUCAGUUCGGUGCGACAAAUAGUGCGCGCGGUGAUUUUAGGGGAUUACUUCUUUCUUUUUGGAAAUCCUAUACCAUAAUUACAUGAGGAAGAAACGAAUCGAUGGCUUCUUCACUACAGAGUGAAAUUCAUAAAUUGAACAUAAGUGCUGCAGACAGUUGAAUUACUGAUGACAGAAUAAGACUUUCUAGUGUAGGUAAAAACUAGGAUUAAAUUACAGUUCGAUAUGAAUGAAACAAUAUGUUUGCAAUGAGUGCAGUCAACUAAACGAAGAGAAACAUAGUGAGAAAUUUGUUUGGUUCCAUGUAAUAUUUGCGCACAAAUCAAAUUGCUUCGAUUGUUAAUUGCUUACGGUGCAACAGUGUAUAUGUGCCAGCGUGCAUUUGAGAGGCCCAAUGCCUCACUAGAGCGUAAUGGAUUUAGUGGCAGUCAUUAGUAAGUGUUGUGAACGAGUACGUCUUAGUGGAGAACCUGUCACGUUUCUCCUACACGCGUUUUAGUUGCGGUCGCCGGCUGGACGUAAAUAUACUACUACCCUCACCUAUGUUCGAUAUUGGAUGCAAUUCGAUUAGUUUUCACCAUAAGAGACGAGACUAGCAACGACCAAGAUAGAAAAAAAAAACAAUAAACAAGAUCGUCGCCAGCUGGCAGUAUGAUACAAAGCAUCGAACGAUCACUGAUUGAGUACACGUGAUCAGUUGGUGAUUACCCGGCUAGAACUGUCUAAUUUGAAAGCAUAACACUUGGAUGGAUUCGGUAGCACACCGGGAAGCAUACACCCAGACUGCCAGUAGUCCUGCUUCAAACAAGCGCUGAUAAAGCAAAACGCCCACGGAACAUAUGGUAGGCACGUACCUACACCGCAGCGGACAACGAUAGCAACAGACAAGAAAAUUAAAACGCGCGUGGGCAGGUGAGCCUGUGCCGCCACGUGACAGACAGGAUGGAAUGGUUACUUGCUAACCCCCAGAUCAACAGCACCUUCGGUUCGCUGGGCUCGUUCGUCGAUGACAUCUAUCUGGUUAAUGAUGAUUGCCAGGCGACGCUGGAGGAGAUUAUAUGCAAGCUAACCGUUGAGGAUAAUUCGCUAAGGACUUUCCGCAGGGCAAUCGGUUUUGGGCAGAAUGUCAAGAAUGACAUUGUACCGCUACUGAUUCAUGCAAACGAUCCGAAAAUCAUUGACACAACAAUUAGGUUGCUUGUGAAUCUGACUGUUCCGGUGGAAUGUUUACUGCCGCUGGAUUCGGUUUCGGCAACGGAAAUCGGCAGGCACACUGUAUUUGAGCUGAACAAGCUGUUGAUUACCAGUAAAGAGGUGUUUGUAGAGUUGAAAACGACGAAAGCGGUGAUAGAUCAUAUGAAAUGCCUGUUGGAAACGGACGGAAAAUUAUCUGUGGAAAGUUGCGACAGCAUAAAUAAUUGCUUGCUGCUGUUGAGAAACAUUCUACAUGUUCCGGAAGGUGGUGCGAUGUGUGGUCCGGUGCCUCAUCCGUACUCAAGCACCGGACACAAUACAUCGCUUCAGAACCAGAUCAUAUGGAAUUUAUUCACCCAAAGCUUAGACAAGCUGCUGAUAUAUUUCAUGUCCUGUCCCCAGCGCGCUUACUGGGCCGUCACAAUGGCUCAGUUGGUGGCGCUUCUGUACAAGGAUCAGCACAUAAGUACUUUACAAAAACUGCUGAACAUUUGGUUUGAGUCCACUAUGUCCGAAAGUUCAGAGGAUAAUGAAAGUAACACAUCGCCUCCGAAACAGUGCAGUGGAGAGUCUAGUCCCAUGUUAACCUCCGAUUCGUCAGACAACGGUAAGAUCGUAAACACAGCUCGAAAGUAUCGUAAAGUAUCGCCUCACCGGUUCUCUGCAGGCAGCGCAAAUAUCUCAACCGUAGGAAAAUCGUUCGAGGAUGCGAAACAGUCGACCAGAAAGGAAAAGGAACUGCCGGCGCAAACAAUUCUAGCCAGGGCCAUAAAAUCCCACCAAAAAUAUCAUUCCACUUCGAAGUUUAGCGAAGAAACCAGCGAUUCGGCGAACAAUUCCAACGACCAGGAGGGCAGUAGGCCAACGGGGACUGAAUCCCGCGAAGUCGAAAAAUAUUUUUUAUGCGCUAAUCUCUCAAAUGAACUACACAAUAUUCAAUCAUCAUUGCAGAUGCACCACAUUCCGAGUCCGGCUCCGUGUGUUGCUUCUUCGAAGAGGUAUGCGUCAACGGAGUCUACCGCUGCUUCGAAAAAACCUUCUAAGGCGACCGCCAAAGGUAGGGAUUUCGCAGAUCCGAACACAACGAUCCUGGUACCAAAAAUUGUUCAUCAAGCGUUGAAGAAUCAAACCAAGAUGUCACUCUCAGAGACUUCGGAUUGCGGUUAUGGUACACAAGCGGAGAAAGAGUCAAUCUCAACGUCCAGCAAUGAGGAUGACUGCCCCAAUCGAAAACCUGUCCACCAGAAGCCACCCCCGAACCAGAAGCAACGGUACAACGCUGCCAACAAGCAACGGCAUCAGGUGUCGAUUCAGGAGAAGAAGGAGCUGCGUAGAAAAAAGUUGGUUAAACGCAGUAAAAGCAACAUUAUUAACAUGAAGGGGCUGAUGCACCACAUGCCAACCGAUGACGACAUUUCCAACUUGCUGAAAGAGUUUACGGUGGACUUUUUAGUUAAGGGAUACAGCUAUUUAGUCCAGGAGCUUCAUGUACAAAUUCUGUCGGACUUGCAAGUACAAAUCGAUACGUCGCAUUUCUUCUGGUUGGUGACGUAUUUUCUUAAGUUUGCCACUCAGCUGGAGCUAGACAUGGAGCACAUCAAUUGUGUGCUCUCGUUCGACAUUGUCAGCUAUCUGACGUACGAAGGAGUCAUGCUGUGCGAACAGUUGGAACAGCUGAGCCGAGAGGGGCAAGCGGACGUUAAGCCAUGUUUGAGAAGGAUCCAUCUGGUUGUAACGGCCAUCCGAGAGUUUUUACAGGCUCUUGACACAUACAAAAAGAGCACUCACUUGACAAAGGAUGACAAAGAAAAGCUGAAAACACUUCAGCUACAGAUAAGUAGAACGGAAAAUUUGAAAGGCCUGUUCGUACUAUUGCUUCGUUGCUACAACCCAAGUUUACAGAGUAGACAGUACUUGCAGGAUUUGAUAGUGACCAAUCAUUUUCUAAUAUUACUAGUGGACGGAAUCAAUGAUGUUUCGGCUAACAAAAACCUACUAACACACAUUAAAAAGUUCGCCACAAUGGAAAUUAUGCACCAGUAUGGCUUGUUGCUGGAAAAUUUCAGCGGAAACGGUGCGUUCGUCAACGAUUGCAUUUUCACCAUGAUGCACCACGUAGGUGGUGAUCUGGAGCAAAUCGAUGUGCUUUUUCAACCGAGCAUUUUGAAAACCUAUUCCCAAAUAUGGGAAACUGAAUAUGAGAUCUGUGAUGACUGGUCCGAUUUAAUAGAAUAUGUGAUCCACAAGUUCAUCAGCACUCCACAACCAAGCUCAGUGACACUUACCGCCACACUGCCGGAGCUCACGAGUCAAAUUCUAGCCGGUAACCGGCUGGACUCGUGGGCUCAAGAAGAGAAGGACUCCCUUCAUUGGUACUACGUACAGUGCAAGCAAAGCGAGACGAUGAUCGCGGACAUCCUGAAACUGUUCCAGGAGAAUGGCAAUCAUCAGAAAACCCGCACCGCAAUUAUCGAACAACUUUGCGAUCAGGACAGUAUUACCCUAAAUCGAUACGAUGAGCUGAUGAAGAUUGAAAAUCCGAAUCACGAGAAAAAUCUUCAAGUAUCAUCACAUCCCGGUAAAAAAGAGGAUGAAGAAAAAUGGUCACUGACAGCUGUCAACGACAUACAGGUUUUACGAGACAGAUUGAUAAAGGAAAACAAAGGAAAAAUGAUUGUAUGGCUGCAGCAGACCUUGCUGGAAUGCUGUUACGCUAAGCUGAAUCUGCUCAACCCAAGCGUGGGCCCCGAUAGCUGUUGUGUAAGAACCAUCGAACCGAUUCCGUAUCUCUGCAUUCUGAAAAAGAAAUCGAUUCCGAUAGUGCCGUGGGACCAAGAGCAGUCUUCCAUUCUGACGUAUCAACCAUUCGUGCUGCUGUUACAUAAGCUCGGCUUCCAUCUGCCAGCCGAUGCCAAGAAAAUGUUCGUUCGAAUUCCGGAAUUUUGGACCACCGAUAUACUGUAUAGCAUUGCUCUGAAGCUGGGACCACUGGACAACUCGAUGAUUGACUUUGAUCUGAGUCUUCUCGGUAUGAUAGACAAGCAGCAAACCAAAGAGGCACCUCGCCCUACAAUGGAGGAUUUGCAUGAUAAUGUGCUCGAAACUGCAAGAUGUGCUCCCGAGGUAGUCACCUGCUGGAUGGAUGUUGUGAGGGCAAAUAAAACUGCAGAUGAUAAAUCAUCAAGAGACUAUCAAGAGCAACAAGGUCGAACAAUGAAGAUGGACAUCGAAACGCAACAGGAAAGCGAAUCCGACAAUAAGCCAUCGCUCGCCGUGGAAUUGCCGCCAGAUUUGCCAACAACCGUUCAGUCUUCCAGCAACGAUAUGAUCAUCGAUGAGCAUCCCGAUGAACCUUUGCUGGAGGAACACGACAUUGUAAGUGGCUGCGAGACAGCGUCAGUGGCUUCGGAUCUAACCAGGAUGUACGUCAGUGACGAGGAGGAAAAACACGACACAUCGGUAACAUCAGUUCUGUAGAAUUUUCUUCAUUAAUGUUAAGUAAUAGAUGUAUCAAAGACCUCAUGAAAUAUUUAAACUUGGUACAUCAGCUGAAUAUGUUAAUUAUCUAGAAAUAAUAUAAUACGCAAAGAGUCUAUUCAUUUGCAGAGAUCAAUGUUCUGUGGUUAAAAGUAGAUGUCGUAUUUCGAAAUGUCGUUAUUAUUAGUUUGAUGGUCUGAUAUAUCUAAAUUAUAGCUGAAACAUUUCUUAAAAACUUGGUGUUAAGAAUUUCUACAAAUUUCGGGCAUAUAAAAGUCAAAAUCCACCUACGGAAUCGCAUAGUUUGAAUUGAUGAAACCUAUUUUUGGAACUAGAAUUGGCACAUUUCUUCACGACAAUAAGCAUUUUCUGCUAAAUUAUUUUUCGAAAUACGUAAAUAUGGUUACUUGAGAAUUGAAUUGUGUACUAUUAGUUCAUAAGAAAUGUAAAAUGAUAAAAAUGUUAUUACGAAUCUACAUGUUGUGUUUUAUGGAAUAUAUCAAUGAUUUUUUAGUUCGAAUCGUUCGUUGUUGGUAAAAAUGCUGAAAAUUAAAUAAUAAUUGUAAGUUACAGUUACAACUUAUUAUUUCCUUUAUGGGGAUUGAAUUUUUUUAUGAUAAUUGAGUUUCCUACGUUAUAAUAACCAACACUUUAUUGUUUCUAAACCUAAGAGACAGUAAAAUUUUGAUGGUUCUAUUGAAUGUUGGUUUAGAAAUCAACCUUCAAAUUAGACAAAUCUAAGUAUAUGUAAUUUACUCUAAUAACAUUAACCGUUCUAGGUAAUGUGAGUAAGGAAUCUUCUCAACACUCAAUAUUCUUUGUUGUGCCAUCGUAGAUAUGUUUUUGUGUUUAAGAGAUACUUAUAUAUUUACUUGUGCUAAAAUUAUUUAGUCAUGCAUUUAUACAGAUAUAUUGCAAAUUGUAGUACCUAAGGUAAACGAAAAAAAUGUAUACUAGCUGUGUGUAACAAAUAUAUUUGUUUAAAAUGUCGUAAUUUAAAUUGAUGUUUUAUAAGCUUUAUAAAUAAAUUUAAGACCCCCG